CACCAUUCAGAACUCUAGCAGAACUAUCCUGACAAUCUUUUGGUUGUAGUCUGAUAUUACUUCGGAGAGCUUCGUGAAAAUGCGGACUGAGGUUGGAACCAUAUCUAUUCCAAUGGCUGAGAGUGAAUCCCUGAGAACGUUGCAUUACCAGCAUAGUGUGGAUUUUCAUCUCACUUCUCCUACUUCUUGCCCACGUGUCAAGACCCCAUUUCAAAAAAGUUUAUCAAUGGAGUCGAAACCUGCCAGUUUCCUGGCAGAGAGUUACCAAUUGAAAAUCACAGGGAAAUCUUCAUCCAUUACCGCAGCCAGCUCUGCCAAGUUCACUCUGGAAAAAGCCGUCAUGUUAGCCCUUGCUGUUGAAAGAUUCAAGAAAAAGCUGAGGCAGCCAUGGCGAGAUGGCUUGGGCAGUGAGGCCAGUUGCUUUCAGGAUACCGACUUGCUCGGGAACUUCAAUGUACUCAUAGAAGAAGCUAUCAACUACACCAGCUACGAAGAUACUGAAAUGGCAGUCGGUUCUUACAGGUUCAUGCAGAGUGAGUGUCAACAGGUGAUGGAUGAUCACGACAAAUCCCUGAAGUUGUCAGACAACCUCCAGCUCACGGCCAUGUUCUUGCAGCAGCCAAAUGAUGAAGUAACACUCAAUGUGAGGUACUACAAGGCGACUACCAGUGAAAAUAAUCAUUUGCCAGUUGUUCUGGGAAUCAACAAUGAGAAUCUGUUUGUCUCUUGCACUGGGCCACAGGACAGUCCCAGGAUGAAGGUGGAGAAAUGGGAUCAGACUCUGCACAAUAUCAGUUGUGCCACUGACCUGCUUCGCUUUGUGUUCUUCAAGAAGAUUUCGAAUGCUGGCCACACCUUUGAGUUUGAAUCGGCUAUGUACCGUGGGUGGUACAUCAGCACCUCCCAUAAGAAUAAACAGCCAGUUGAAAUGGAUGUGAAAGAGCACCACAAGAGAAUCACGAUCUUCACAACUAAAUGAGGCAAUUUUGAUCUCUGUGCAGUUUAGAACCGAAAUCAGGAAUUGUUGGUUUAGAGAGUGUGUGUAUGUACUGAGUACAGACUUUUACAUUUACCAUUGAUACGAUUUAUCACUGAUAGAGUUGUCUUCAAAUUACUGAGAUGUACAGGUAGCAAUAUUUGUUCCUGUUUUACUUUUUAUUAUUUGGAGUUAAAUAUUAAUGAAAAUAUGGUGCUGUGUCUUGUAACUUGUAACUAAUUAUUAUAAACGUUCAAUAUUUUAUUACUAUUUAAAUUGUUAUUAUUAUUUAAUUCAUUACUGUACUGGAGAAAACCUUUCCUGGGUUGAAUAAAUAAUGUUCUUUUCAAACAAA